UAUAGCGGCGUUUCGACUUUCGAACGCUUCCCAGGAAAGAAAACACUUCCGUUUCUUCUUCUUGAAAUCUAGGGUUUUCUAAUUUUGGUCGGCUAGAUUUGUUGUAGGGUUUAACAGUGAGUUUUUUAAUCACUUAGGAUUCUGGUUAACGCGAUCAAUUUUCUUUCGUUUUUCUUUUCAUUUGAAAAUUUUGUAAAAGCAACAGCGAUUUUGUUAUCGGUAAUGAAUAUGAAGCGAGCAAGGACUUUCGAUAGAAUGAAAAAGAAGCGGCCGAGGACUUUGAAACGGGUCUCAUGGGCUCCAGAUACGGAUCUUUGUCAGGUUAAGCUGUUUACCUCCGAUGAUUGUCCUGCAAAAACAAUUAUGAAAUCUCAAGAAGAGGUUCGAGGAAAGUCACCACCAAUAGAACCUACAUAUGUUUCUCAGACUCAAUGGAAAUUCCCUCCCAUGUUUGUUUUGAGUCCUUCUUGGGGGGUUGUCUCUGGUGAGGAGAGUCAGGAAGCCAAGCAUCAAAAGUGGAGGGAGACAAGAGUGCUUGAAGCAGUUUAUCCACGGCUUUCUUCUAUUCCUUCUAGUUCUAGUGUUUGUUCUGAAGUGGAGAAUGAAUGUUAUGAUGAUGGCCAAACUCCACUCAUCCCUUUAACUCCCAUCGAAGAAGAAGAAGAAGAAUCACCAUCACUAGUUACACCACUAAACCCCACCACAAGCUCCCACGAACAACCAUCCUUGUCCCAAGUUCCUAGUGACCAACCCUCUUCAACCAAACCAUCUACUGAUGCUUAUGCUUCCUUGAUCGAUACCAAUUUGCUCUUUAAAAUCCUAAGCGACCCACAAAUGAUUGAGAAAUUUAAAAACAAUGGAGUGACACUACCGGCCUGUACGACCAGAAGUGCACCCGUCCCUGAGACAAAACAGGGUUAUGUAGAUGUGAACUCAGUGUCUCCCCAACAAGAUAGCAGUAGUACCAUUUCUGAGCAAGUGGUUGGUUUGCCUAGUUUUUCAAGUAAACACUUGUUUACUUCAUCAAAUCAGGUGAAAUCUGCCACAAAUAUAGCUGCCUGCAACCAACCAAAUCCAAUGCCGCCCAUGAAGGAUUUGAACUACUAUAAGAAUCUCAUUAGGCAACAUGGUUGUGAAAAAGUUGAGCAUAAGGAACCAAGAUAUGCACAAAAUGGGGAAAGUUAUUCUUACCUUGAAGAUCCAAAACUGGUUAAAAAUUAUAAACCAAGAGAUUUGACAUUGAAGAACUUGAAACCCUGUACUUUUUAUAAAACCUCAAAGGGCUGCCGAAAUGGGGCCAAUUGCCCAUACCAGCAUGAUGUUCCAACGCAAUGGCGUGUUAACAAAGAUUUAGAGACUCAUAAUGCUAAGCCAAUGAGACUAAAUACUGAAUGUAAGAGGGAAUUAUGUUGACUUGAAAUCGUUAAAAGUCGUCAAUUGAAAGCUGCCAUGACUUAAAAUGACGUUUGCCAUAGGGAACUUUAACGAUUUGAUCUUAGUUGGGAGAAUAAAAAAUGGGUGGCAUUAUUUUGGAA